GUCGGAUUUUACUGACUACGUGUUCAUGUUUGAUUGGAAAAAAUUGAAAAGACAAAAAAAAAAAACCUACGAAAUCGAUCUUUCUCCAUUCUCUCCCUUUACGUCUUCUUCUCCGGUGCGAUUCCCUGUAUUCUCAUUUGAUUUCUUCCCUUUCUCUCCUUCUACGCUUCUUCUUUGAUGCUAUUCAAUGGAUUCUCCUUUGAUUUCUGUUUUGAAUCGAUCUUUUUCCUUUCUCUCCCUCCAAUCUUUCUGCGAUUACAUUUUUCUCCAACUUGUUUUCGUCUGCAAUUAUCCUAUCGGGAUUCUCAUAUUUAAUUCUGAUGGAUGUCUUGGGUUUACGAGGAUUCUUCGCAAUUUCUCCACUUUUCAUGAUCCCGACGAAAUCUUAGAGACUCCCCCUCUCAAUGUUCCUCAUCGAUGUUCUUCGGAAACUGCUUCCACUAUUAUUCUUCUUCGGAUCAGAAAGAGAUUCUCUCUCAGCAACAGAGUCCAUUUUGCACAUGUUAGCCGGUGGCACGGAAGCAUUGAACAACCCGUGCUUACCGAAGUUUCCUUUCAACAACUCUAUAUUCGUUUUUCAAACAUUUUACGUUGUUUGCUUUGUGAAAUAUUUUCAGGCUAUGAGAGAUUUUAGCAUCGUAAAAAGAGUUCAUCUCAUUUAGCAUCAUAUCUUAUUAUAUGCAUCUCUCUCUCUCUGUUUUUUGUUGAAAUGGGUAUAAGAGUAGUAGAAGGAAGGGAUUCUUUCUUGAGCUUCAAGGCGAUGGUCGCUGCUUUGAUCACUCUGCUUGUUGAUUUCAUGGGGACUGAGUACUAUGAGAGGAAGCAAGAGAGGGAAGCUAUUGACUCUGAUGAACAUGGUUAUGAACAGUCACCGAGUAUCGUUGUUCCCGUGGCUGCGGAAGGAGGGAACGAUGAUAAAGUGUUUGGAGAAGAAGACAGUGGAGGGAUUCACAUUGUUCAAGAAUGUGUUUCUCAGGUUCAAAAUCUCUGUUGA